GGCGUUCAGCUGAUGCGUGGAGUUGAGCACAAGAACGAGAAGCAGUUCGAGGUUGUGGAGGCCGCUGUGCUGGCCUCUCUUGUGCGCCCGACGAUUGGCAAAGAUUUCUCCGCGGAGCUGGUUCCAGUCAUUGGUCGCCUCGCCGCGCUGGAGAAGCAAUCCUCGGACCUGCACGCCGCUCUCUGUGAUGGCUUUGCUGCUCUCGCCCUGCAGGUUCGUUCCUUGCAGGUCGAGGUCACCGCAGAAGUCCCGUCUGUUGGUUUGGUUAACGCGAAGCUGGAUGCCAUGCGCGGCCUACUGCGCUGCACUUGCGCGCAAUACCACGAGACAGUCAAGGACCAGAUUUUCAAUGCAAAGGCGUACACUGACGACCAGAUUCGCCGCGUCCCGAAGUCUGCCGACCUCCAGCUCCUGUGGGCUGACUGCGAGCUACUGGUGGACAACGGCCACGCCGCGACAGAAGAGUUCAUGUCCCAGGUGAAGGACCAGAUCCUGGUGAAAGCUGCCGAGGAGCUGGGAGGACUCGUGAAGGUGGCUGUGGAGCAGGUGCGUUAUCAUCUAGUACGCGAUUUUCAUCAUAUACAAAAUGAAGUUGUUCUUCUUCGUUCCUUAUGUGGCCAAGUCAACGAGCUCGGCGAAGAGCACGCU